AUGCUCAAACUCAAUGUGGACGCAGCCAUUGAUCAGAACAGGAACAAGAUGGGCUUCGGCUUUGUUAUUCAUGACUCUAUGGGAUGCUUCAUUACUGCGAGGUGUCUACCCUGGAGAGCUGCCUUCAAUCCACCUAAACCAGAAGUAAUGGGCAUCCGCAAAGCACUGAAAUGGAUUAGAGACCUCGGCAUCGACAACCUCCAGCUAGAGAGCGAUUGCCAGCAAGCCAUUCUUGGCAUUUUUCACUCUUAUGAUUCUGUCUCAUAUUUUGAUAUUCUCCUAGAUGAUGUUAGAUACAUAGCUUCUAGUUUCGUUAACUUAAGCUUUUUGUUUGCUAAACGGUCUACGAACAGGGUUGCCCAUUGUUUAGCCCGAGAAUCCUUGUCUAUGUCUAAUCGUAUUGACUGUUUUACUCAUCCUUUUCCUUCCAUUGCUCAUGUUUUGAGCUUGGAUUCUACUUAA